CCAAUCGAUCCACAACUACAACCACAACUACAACUACACGGAUCGGUCCAAAACGACGAGUUUGGAGGACAGCCAGAGAGGGACAUUGCAGGCAAGCCAAACGAGUAAACCUCGUAAACAGUUAAUUUGCAAACUGUCUUCUGUCACAAGUCCUAGUAAUUGUAGAAAGGAGUUUACUUUUCCUGCCGCCUCUUUCACUAAAAAACACCCCCUACCGUACCAUAAUAAUUCACAAACUUCGAAACCUCAGUCUUUGUUCGUACGUUCAACUUCAAAUCCCGACACAAAACACAUACAAAACAACACUUUCGUCGCUUGAUUUUGAUUUGGAGAAAACAAUGAAACACGUUCCCAGGAACAAGCUUUUGCUCUGUUUCCGACCCGGCGUUGACACGGAAGCCGUCCUCCACCCCAAAAAUCUUGUCCAUUCCUCUGCUGCUGCAACUUUGGCGGCCUAUUUGGAUUUGGAAUACCACGAAAUCACCACUUCUGAAACAACCCCAUCGUGCCCAGAUUGUCGCUGCACCCGAAAUUCCGGCCGCCACAGCUCCACCAUUUCCCUCCCGCCAAAGCAAACUCUUUCUCGGACGGUCAGAGCCGUCAUGUUUGGUACCAUUCUGAUCAAAAGAGUCCGUCAGAGAAAAGGCAACCAUCAGCAGAAAUCUAGUCGACCGAAGCGAAGUGUCUCGCUGGAUUCUGGAAUUGUCCCCACAAAAGAAGAUGAAAUGAAUUCUCUUCCAUCGGGGUCAUCUUCAAGUUUUCCAAUUACAAUACCGAAACCCAUAAUUUCUUCGUCUCCCACAUCGGCAGUCCCUAAAACGAGUAAAAAGAGCGUGAGGCGGAUAAACGACGACCAGAGUUGCUACGUGUUCAAAUCCGGCGUUGGGUUGCUUGUGGUAAGCCUGGCUGCAGUGACAGUGAUGGAGGGCAGAGUAUUUGCUAUUUUAAUCACAUCAAUCUGGGUCUACUUAUUUGCUUGGAUGCAUAUGAAGGAUCAGGAUCGCUGCCUGAAGUUGAACAACACGAAGAAAGCAACAAAAUUUCCAGAAACAGAGGUUACGGGCAAAAGGAGGAGUGGCUGUCACAAUCGGAGCGCUCAUGAUGGAAAGAAAGAAAAAGUAGAGAAGGCAUUAAAUCUUUGACGUGCAAAAAUCUCUAUUACUGAAGCACUCCCUUUUCUGUUCCUUUGCUUCUGUUACAUUUCCUUUUACCCAACAAGAAAAAAGGUCGUGUUUUUCUUUUAGUUUCACUAAUGCUUUUGGAAGCCUUGAAGGUGUGUAAUUAUAAGGUAGGUAUUUAUGUAAUCUUGAAGUUAAUCAAUCAGUUGGCUUGUGGUGUGGAAACCCAAUUGUAA